GUGCUCACAUAAAGCGAAGCAAGGAGGCUCGCCAAACGCUAUUCGGGAACGCAGUUGAAACUGCCACAAUGAACCUCCAAGCAAAGCGUAAUUUCUGUUUAACAAUCGGCUUUUUAUUUUUGCACAGUUCUUUAGCGAAUCCCAAAGGUCCAUUGGUGCACCUAAGAUCAGGCAGCCUGAGGGGUAAGUACGUGAACGUGCAGGGAACGGACACUGUGGUGCACGCCUAUUUGGGCGUGCCCUUUGCCCAGCCGCCAGUGGGAUCUCUGAGGCUGGCCCCCCCGCUACCUGCAGUGCCAUGGGAGGGAGAGCGGGACGCGACACAGCAGCCAGCAAUGUGUCUACAAGAUCCAAAGAUAGCUGUGGAUUUGGCUAAAAAUAUUUCAAUGGAAUUGGACAUUCCUGGAAUAUCAGAAGACUGCCUCUACUUGAAUAUAUACACCCCUGCAGUGCCCAAAGCAGACAUUAAAUUACCUGUCAUGGUAUGGAUCCAUGGGGGAGGUUUAGCCCUGGGUGCAGCUUCAUUUUUUGAUGGCUCUGCAUUGGCAGCCUACCAGGAUGUGGUGGUGGUUCUGAUCCAGUACAGGCUCGGAAUCAUGGGCUUCUUCAGCACUGGGGAUGAGCAUUGUCCUGGGAACUAUGGACUGCUGGAUCAGGUGACUGCCCUGCACUGGGUCCAGGGGAACAUUCACAGCUUCGGAGGGGAUCCAGGAUUGGUCACAAUCUUCGGAGAGUCAGCCGGGGGAGUGAGCGUGUCCCUGCAGCUUCUCUCUCCUCUGUCCUCGGGACUCUUUCAUCGUGCAAUUGCAGAGAGUGGAACCGCGAUGAUGGACGCGCUCAUCCAUACCGACCCUCUGCCUAUUGCGCAGCAUGUGGCUGAUGCGUUCGGCUGUGACACCACCAGCACCAAGGCAAUUGCGGAGUGCAUGAAGCAGCUGCCUGAAGAGGACAUUAUAAAUAGCUUUGAAAAGGUACAAAUGUUUCAUGUGGGGGUCGUAAUGGAUGGAGUGUUCCUCACAAAGCCAAGGGACGAAAUAUUACAGAACCAUGAAGUCAACAUGGUCCCAUUUAUGACGGGCGUGACAAACCUGGAAUGUGGUUGGUUGCUGCCCCAUCUCCUUGCUCCACCAGGCUGGGUGGACGGUUUGGACCGGGAGCAGGUCGCACCCAUUUUGUCACGUUUAAACCCCAAGGUCCCAGAUCCAAGGCUAAAUGAACUGAUUUUGGACGAGUACCUCGGCACCACAGGAGAUCGGAUUGCGAAUCGGGACGGGUGCUUGGAGUUAAUGGGGGACCUGUUUUUUAACAUUCCUGCCAUCCAGGCUGCUAAGUUUCACAGAGAUGCAGGUGCACCCGUGUACCUCUAUGAGUUCCAGCAGGCUCCCAGUUUCAUCCAGAGCAAACGUGCCAGCUUCGCCAAGGCUGACCACGGAGACGAGAUCCACUUUGUCUUUGGGGGCUGCUUCUGGGACGGGCACAUCAAGUUCAUUGGGAACGGAGAUAUAUGCACAAAGGAAGAGGAGAAGCUGGCCCUCACAGUGAUGGAGUACUGGGGCAACUUUGCUCGGACAGGGUCUCCCAACGGAGAGGGUCUGGUGGAGUGGCCACGGUACGGGGAGAAGGAGGAGUACCUGGGCCUGGGGCUGAAGCAGACCGUGGGUCGGCGGCUGAAGGACAAGCACUUCGCCUUCAUGACCCAGACGGUGCCGGAGAAAGCGCGAGCCCUGCAGCAGGAGAAGGAGCGCAGCGAGCUGUGAGGGCCGGCGCUUCCGUACCGCAGCCUCGCUGCGCUACCUGCGCUGCCUGCGCUACGGCUACGCUACACCUGCGUCCGUUCCAACCAGGCACAGCACAACUGAAACUAUGAUGGCUAUAACGCGCUUAGGGCAAGGGAAUUAACACUGUUAAAUCGCUAAGUCUGAUCAAACGAGUGGUAGUACACUUAAAACUAUGAAUUACAGAAUGUGUGUGGGUGUGUUUACAUGUGUGUGUGCGUGCGUGUGUGUGCGUUUUUAUAUUGGCUAUUAGGCAAAUCAGUGGAAUUAAGUCUGAGCAAUUUAGCUGCACUUCACAUGGCCAAAUGUUCUGCCUUUUCAUAAAUGUUUCUCAGUUGUUUUAUUCUCAAUCAUUCAAAAUAAUGGCUUCAUUUUGAUGCAUCCUAAUGAUGAUUUAUAAUCCUAGACUGACUGUCCAUAAAUAAAGAAACCAAGUCUAAGAAA